GAACUUCUCCUCGCGUCGCUCCAGUCAGUCCGCUCCCCGCCCCCCCCCCCGCGACAUGCACUUGACGGGACGUCCCGGCUGAAGUCAUGGCUCAGUCUCCAUCUCCCCGUCUGCGGACUGCGCGUCGCUGACGAGCAAGGAGGCGGAGGACUGCGCGCAGGAGGAGGAGGAGGAGGAGGACAUUGGACGAGCUCUGUGGGGACUAAGUGACUGGUGCACUGGUUCCACUGUACAAGUCGCACCGGACUUGACGACGACGACGGCGAGGAUGAUGAUGAUGAUGAUGGGGACCUCGGUUUACCUGCUCGCCUUCGUGUUGGCUCGGGCGAGUUCGGCUCUCGGUUACGCGGAGUCGAGUGUUCAGGGCGGACAGAGGGCGGCGAGCAGACACAGGAACUGGUGUGCUUACGUGGUGACACGCACGGUAAGCUGUGUGAUGGAGGACGGGGUGGAGACGUAUAUCAAACCGGACUACCAGCGCUGCACCUGGGGACAGUGUCCACGAGUGGCCUACCGGACGUACAGGAGGCCAAGGUACAAGGUGGCGUACAAGAUGGUGACGGAAAUGGAGUGGAAGUGCUGCCAUGGUUACUCAGGGGAUAAUUGCCAAGAUGGGCCACAGGUAACCACCAACACUCAGGUCAGCGCAGGGCGACCUCGUGUCACGCAAACGGGCUUCAACACAGGAGGCGGCCAGAGAGGAGAAGGUGACACUGAGAAGAUAAAACAGCUGGAGGAGACGAUGCGUGGUCUGACCAAAGACCUCCACAACAUGCAGACCACCAUGCACGGCAUGAACCAGAGACUGUCUGGUCUGAGUGGGGCGAUCGUCCCCGCUGAUUCCGCUCAGCCCCACAUGAAAGAAACCAUCAACAGCAUCCAGAACAAGCUGGACCACCUGUAUAACAGGACGCAGGUCCAUGAUCAGACCCUGCUCAACAUCAACAACCACCUGGUGAACGGUGGGGGCAAUGAGCUGGAUGGAGUGUCCCGGGGGGGGGGGGGACCCGGGGGCCACCAGCUGAACACUCUGAAGGAGGAGAUACUGACCGAGCUUGAGAGAAGGGUGUCUUUGUCCUGCUCCUCCUGCCAGGCCGGUGUGGAGGACGUGAGGCGCCAGCAGCAAGAGGACAGGGAGAGGAUCAGGGCCCUGGAGAAGCUGGUCAGCUCUCUGGACCAGAGCUUGAGACAGAGCUUGGAAAUUUCACGCAGUGAGACCGAGCGCUCCCAGGCUUGCUGCAAGACCGUCACGGAGCUGGAAAAGAGGCUGUCGGACGUCGAGGUCAGAGUCACCUCCACUGCGAGCAAAUGUGAAACCGUUAAGGGGCGUCUGGAUAAGGAGCUUGCUGGGACAGGCGGAGGAAAGGGUCGAGUGUCGGAGGACCGCUUGAAUGGCAGACUGAGAGAAUUAGAGAAGAGGGUGAAUAACACCGUGAGGAAGACCGAGCAGAGGUGUACUAAUAGUGGGAACAACAUGAAGGACACUGUCCAGAGAGAUGUCACACAGCUGCGCAACAUGGUGCUCAGUCAGCUGGAUGACCACAGCUUCAAGAUAGGGAAAAUCGAGCUGGACGUGGCCGUUCUCGGGGACACAGUGAGGGAUCACAGUCGACGUUUAGGUCAGUUGGAGAACGUUACGACCUUCUUGGACAGAAGGUUGACAUCCACCGCGAACAUGUGCAACGAGACCUGUGGGCCUAACGGGAAGAGCCACAAGACCGAUGCCACUGUGAAAACCUUAGAGUGGAGAGUUGUGGCCAAUCGAGACGAGAUCCAGAAGUUCAACACCAGGUUGAACAAUUUGUCCGUGUCAGGCGACUCCCUGAGUGACAAAGUCAUCAACCUGACGGAUGACGUCAAAAAGAUUAUUGCCCUGACGGGGACGAACGGGGAGCACUUCAACCGGCUCGUCACCGAGGUUGAAACGCUGGGCCGCAAUCUCGAGGACUGCUCUAUCUGCGGCACCGUAGAGGAGGACUUGCGCUCGCUCACCAACUCCACCGCCGGCGGUCUCAGCAGGUGCCAGACAGAGCUGACGGAUCUGCGGAGAAAGGUGGACUCGGGAGAAUCCGCCUGCUCUCAGGUGUGCUCCAACCUACAGGAGGAGGUGGGGCGGCUCAGAGAGGAAGUGGAGGAGUGUACGGGACAGUGUAAAACCACCAUGAAGGACCUGGAGAAACGUCUGGAUGGUCACACUGUCCACAGUGGAAGACUGGGAGGGGAUCUGAAGUCCAUCCAGGGAGAGCUGGCCGGCGUCAUGUUCACGUUCAACUCCAUUAAUGACACUCUGAAGGGCCUGGGGAGGACUGCACAAACACAUGGGGACAUGCUGACUGACCUGACCAACAACAAGGACGACAUCAUUUCCGAGGUGAACAACUUGCAGAAGGAGCUGACCGAGCACGUAGAUGACUCGGGGAUUCGAUUCGACAGCCUGGGCAAAGAGAUCCAAAUAAUAAGGAGCGACCAUGUGACGGAGGUGGGGGAGUGCAGGCGGGCCAGCGACGGCCUGGACCGAAGGCUCUCCAAGCUGGAGGGAGUGUGCGGACGCUUAGACACGUUCUCAGACGGCCUGGAGAGGAUCAAGGAGGGCCUGAGCCGACAUGUGUCAGGGCUGUGGAGCUGCGUUAAUGGACUCAACGUCACGGUAGCGUCUCACGGAGAUCUUAUCGACAAUAUCCAGAACGUACAGCUGGAGAACGUCCACACCGAGAUACACAGGCUGAAUUCCUCAGUGGUGGAUUUGGCCGAGGAGUUUCACAGUUUCGUCGAACAGGACUUCAUGGGUCCACCAGGUCGGCCAGGACCCCGUGGAGAGAGAGGUGAGCGCGGACUGCAGGGUCUUGUUGGACCCCAAGGGACGGUGGGACCCCCAGGGAGAGAAGGCAAGCAGGGGCCACUGGGACCCCCAGGUCUCAGAGGCGAACAGGGCCUUGCCGGCUCCGAUGCCCAGGUGCCGCGCCUCUCUUUCUCUGCGGCGCUGACCCGUCCAGUGAGAAGCGCGGGGACCAUCGUGUUUAACGAGAUCCUCGUCAAUGAGAAUAAUAUCUACAAUCCCAAAACAGGUUAUUUCACGGCUCCGGUGAGAGGGAAGUACUUCUUCAGUGGCAUCCUGACGGGCCACAAGAACAUGAAGAUCGAGGCCGUGCUGUCCAAGUCCAACACCGGCGUGGCCCGGGUGGACUCAGCCGGGUAUCAGCCCGAAGGCCUGGAGAAACCCAUGGCAGAGGCCAAACACAUCCCCGGGGCUCUGGCCGUCUUCAACAUCGUCCUGCCCAUGGAGGCCGGGGACACAGUCUGCAUCGACCUGGUCAGCGGCAAGCUGGCCUACUCCUCUGAACCCCUGACCAUCUUUAGCGGGAUGCUGCUGUACGAGACCGUCUGAUUGGGCGGGUGGUUUCCUCAUAACCUGUCUUUGACCGGGUGAAACUUUCAGCGCGCAAAGCGUCUGGUUUGUCUGCUGAGCUCUAAGAGACAGAGCCGUUGACUGAGCAGUCAGUAAAGACUGAAAUAACUGGACUGGAUUUAUUCAGCGAGAAAAAACAGAAAAUAUACUUAACACUUUACCUUAUGUGCCAAGAAAGAAGAAAGAACUCAUUUUCAACCACGGUGAUUUGUUUUGUGCUUCACAGCUUCAAGAAAAAACUAUUUGUUCAAAGUUUUUUUUGUUGCUAUUUGACAUGUUUUCUUCAGAAAAAGCCACUGCAGGGUUAUCAUAUAAUUCUUGUUGUGCGAUAAACUUGAAUUCUUUAAAGAUUUCACAAAGAUAACCUUCAGGUCUUACUGGUCUUAAUGAAAGGAAGUUUUGCGAAACGAUAAAAGAUUUGGGAAGUGUGUUUUUUUAUUUGGUGGGGGGGGGGGGGGGGGGGGGGGGGGGGAGUUUAUCCACCCACAACAUAUCAAAAGUUCAGAGAUUAAUACACUUUCUUUGUUCUGUAUCUAGUGUAAUUUUGUUUUCCUUUCAUUUUGCUCACAGUUUCAUUUUGACCACAAGCGAAUUCCCAGAAACGUGAGGCUGAAUACCAAUUGUCUUGGUAAACAUUCGGCUUGAUGUACUGUAGGCAGAGGCGGGCACAGUCCAAACCACUGAAUCUUUGGAGGGAAAAUCAAAAAAUGAAGUCACUGACAGUUCAGACGGGAAACCACAGGAUUUUAUAAAUCAUGGAGCAGCGAGACAAUAAGACCAUUUUAGGACAGACACAAGGAGGUUGGCCGGGGGGAAGAGUGGGGAUUUUUUUCUUUCUCUGCCCUAAUAAGGCGCCAUCUAAUCUUGCUGGUGGAUCAUGUAGUUAAAGUUUGAGUCCAUCUUAUAAUGGAAUUUUCAUGUAAAGCUAAUAAUAACAAAUAAUGAAGCUACUCACACUGUUAUAUCUAUGCAAGUAAUCCCAAACUCUUUCAUGAACACACACUGGCCCUGCGUCUAAUUAAAAAUGCCUCCAGUGGAAAAUGUGUGCAUUAUGUCACGUGUGUAGAUAUUCUUGAAUGGAAUUUUUUUAAAGGAAAGUUGCACAUUUUUCUGCAGAGACAGAUACAGCAGAUUGGGCCAUAUACUGAAAUAUUUUUAUGUAAUGGUGGAGGAAUACAUGAGUUAAUAUAAGCAUAUCGGGGUUUGCUCACUGCAUAUUUUGACAUUUUCUUCCUCAGUGUUUUUUUUUUUUUGUCUCUUGGCAUUGCAUAACCGUGAAGGAAUGUAAAUAUUUUUCAGCUGUUUUUCGCUCUUAUAAGGGUUUUUUUUAAUGAAUUACCACUUCACCUUGCCAGGUACUGUAUAUGUUUUGUAUGGUUUUUUUGCCACGUGUGCCUCAAAUACAGAUUUACCCAGUUUUACACA